AUGUUUUUUUCAAGGAAAUACGUAUUGAGUAUUUUUAUUGCGAAUUACGAUAAACACCUCUCAUCCUUGUUACAGUUAUACCAAGUUAACUACUUUAAGAAAUUGCGCAGAUAUUCCUAUACUGAUUUACCAAGACCCAAUUUUGAUGAAUAUCGACGAGAAUCUUUGAAGGAUCCCAAAACAAGAAACCUUGAUGAACGAAGAGCGUUAAGAAGCAUGUGCUCUUUUGUUGCUUGUGUUGCUGGAUUAUAUGGUUUUAAAGCUCACUUACUACAUUAUGUGUUGUUUUGUAUGCCUUCACGAGAUCUCUUGGCAGAGGCUCAAUUGGAAGUGAAAUUAAAUGGUAUACCGGAGGGAAAAGUGUUAGUCGUUAAGUGGCGUGGAAAACCUAUUUUUAUUUACCAUCGGUCACAAUCAAUUAUCGAUCAGGAAAGAGCGGUGAGCCUAUCAGAACUGCGCGAUCCAGAAACGGACAAUGACAGAGUUAAAAGAUCGGAGUGGCUGGUUGUGCUGGGUAUCUGUACACACUUGGGAUGCGUACCGAUUCCAAACGCCGGCAUCAUACCUGGCGGAUUUUUCUGUCCUUGUCACGGCUCACACUUUGAUGCAGCCGGCCGUAUACGGAAGGGCCCAGCAAUGACCAAUCUAGAGAUACCCGAAUAUUCAUUCGUAGACGACAACAAUAUCAUUAUUGGGUGAUGCGUUUCCGGAUCGAUACGUAUCAUCAUGAAUCCUCGUGAAAAAUAUAAUUUAUAUACA